AUGGCUGAUACCUGCCGCGAUGACUCCUUUGGACCUACGGUUUAUAGCAAUACAUGUAAACGGUUUGAUUUCUCUUUAUUAUUCGAGGAUGCCAUUUUUGCCAUUCUUCCUGACUGCCUGUUCCUGCUGGCAUCAUUUGCAAGGAUGUUCGGGUUAUAUCGGAAACCACCAAAAGCGCGGUGGACGCUUCUGCAAAGCAUCAAUUCGGUAAUCAUAAUUGCGUACUGUUUAUUAAAACUCUCCUUUCUUGUUCUUGGAAUAGUGGAUCAUAACACGCCUCGAUCUCGCCUCUUCGUUGCAGCCGGUUCGUUGGAUUUUGCUUCAGGAGUGUCCAUGGGCCUAUUAUCCUAUAGUGAACAUGUGAAAAGUGCACGACCUGCUCCUUUGAUGACUUCUUUCCUCCUCGUGACCUUAUUUCUGGAUGGCGCCAGGGCUCGUACGGAAUGGCUUCUAAGAACAUCAACGACCGUCCCGUUGAUAUUCUUGGUCUCGCUCGGCCUGAAAGUCGUCCUUCUUGUGGUAGAGUCGCUCCCAAAAACACGAUUCCUUCUACAUGAUGGUCGAAGGUAUACAGCGGAGGAGACCGCUGGCAUCUUUAGCCUCAGCUUUUUCGCCUGGCUUUAUCCACUCGUCCUUAAAGGAUACCAGCAUCAUUUAUCAAUCGAUGAUCUCUAUCCAGUCAACCACGAUAUCUCCUCGGAAUCAGUAGCGUCGCGCAUUCAAUUAGCGUGGAAAUCAACACGCGCGCUCUGGCUAUCAUUGUCUCUUCCGAUGAUCCCUCAGCUUUUCUUAGUCGCCUUUAAUCUUUUUCAGGCGCUUUUAGUCAAUGCUGCAAUCGACUUCGCUGAGAACGAGAAUGAGCCAGACGUCUUUGGGUAUAGCCUUAUUGGCGCCUUUGGGCUCACAUACUUUGGAAUUGCUAUAGCAACUGCAUGGUAUCAGUAUCUCGCUGCAAGAUCCCUGGCUAUGAUAAGAGGUGCACUUAUCAGCCUAACAUAUAGAUGUAUGCUUGAUAUGAAUGACAGAGACGAGGAUGAAUCUUCACCUUUGAGUCUCAUUAAUGUCGACAUUGAUCGAAUCGUUACAUGCUUAGAGUGGGUGAUAGGUGUUGCACCUGAUGCCAUCCAAGUUGGAAUUGCUAUAUGGCUUUUAGAGGCCCGGCUCGGUGCAAUCUGUGUAGCCCCAGUCUUGGUUGUUCUAGGAAAUUCCCCUCGCCUGUUGUCACCUGUUAUUACAUUUAUCGGUUUUGGCAUCAUCAUCAAUGUGUCUGGAAGCAACGCCCCAGGCACAGGAACUAUAUUUUCUGCCUUGUCAUUAUUAUCGAUUCUCAUCGAUCCAGUGAAUGAACUUGUUGCUAUUGGCCCAAACGUCGCAGCUGCCUUGGACUGUUUCAACCGAGUCCAAGAAUACGUUAUGAAAGAAAAGCGUGUCGACUACAGAAAUCUAUUACUGCAAGAAGAGGGUUCCGGUAUAUCUCCAGAUAGAACAAGUGACGAGCUGACUGUAGCAAAUCUAGAGCCAAAACCGGCCAGUACAGCAGCAAUACGGCUUGUCAAUGUAGACGCCGGCUGGUCCAAAAAAACACUUACCUUGAGAAACGUCUCAUUGAAUCUACAUCCAUCAACUCUGAAUAUAGUCAUUGGAGAUAUAGGAAGCGGAAAAUCCACCCUGCUAAAACUUCUACUUGGAGAGGUUUCCGUGCUUGCGAAGGGAUCUGUGUCUCUGGAAACAGAUAAAAUUGCUUUCUGUGGCCAAACGCCCUUUUUGAGAAAUAAAACCAUUCGUGAUAAUAUAAUCGGCCCAUUAAGCUAUGAUUCUGAAUGGUAUAAUGCCUGUAUUAAUGCGUGUGCGCUUGAUGUGGACUUCCAGCAAAUGCCGCAGAAGGACAGCACCAUUGCAGGAAGCCGAGGGAUCGCUUUGAGUGGUGGACAGAAGCAACGUAUUGCUUUGGCACGAGCUGCCUAUUCUCGACGACGGAUAAUAUUGCUAGACGACGUGCUGUCUAGUUUGGAUACUAUUACCGAACGCCACUGCUUCAAUUAUCUGCUUGGUAAAAAUGGCCUUUUCAGGCAUUCACAGACAACUGUGGUCUUUGUGACGCACUCUGUCAAAUGGCUUCCUCAAGCCGACAGGAUCGUCGUACUUGGACCCAGUGGAUCUCUCGAACAAACUGGUACAUACGAAAAUUUGAUUUCAAGCACUGGCUACGUGCAAGACCUAGUGCUUAAAAUGAGUGGGAACCCGCUAGAGCUUGAGAACAUCCCUGUACCAAGAAUACUUGAAGAAAAGAAGGAUAUGUCCGUGGAACUUACUACAACAGGCGAAGCUAAGAAGGAUGUUCCUAAGAAUUUUUCUUCUGUGCUUUUUUAUAUUUCUUCUAUGGGGUGGAUGCAAUUCUUCAUUUUUGUUUCUCUGGUCACUAUCGAGGUCGUCACGAACGCAAUGCAGACGCCAUGGCUCAGCUGGUGGACUGAUGCCAGUCAGAAAAACCCAAACACAAACCUAGGGAAGUGGAUGGGAGUAUACGCCGCAUUCGGUGUUCUUUCAUUAUGCUUCCUAGGGCUAGGUGCCGCAUAUCUCCUGAUCACAAUUGUUCCGAAAUCUUCCAACGCGUUGCACCUGAAAACACUGCAAAGUACGAUGAGAGCUCCGAUCACUUAUCUUUCCAGCAAAGGUAUUGCAACAGUCCUAAACCUUUUUACCCAGGACAUGACCCUGAUCGAUAUGCCGUUACCCAUUGCACUUAUCCUUGCCACCGGAAUACGGUUCCUGCUAGACUUUGGUAAUUCAAUCGCUGGUGCCAUCCUCACCUCCGUCUCAUCAGGCUACAUGGCAAUAUCAAUACCUGUUCUCUUUACAGCACUCUAUUUCUUGCAAAAAUUUUAUUUGAGAACCUCUCAUCAGCUUCGCUCGCUUGACCUUGAGGCCAAAUCACCACUUCUUGAGCACUUUAUGGAAACUUUACAGGGCUUGACAACAAUCCGUGCCCUUUCGUGGACAGACUACCUUAAUUCAGAUGCCUUUCAUCAACUCAACCAAUCUCAAAAACCGUUUUACUUAUUGCUAUGUAUCCAGCGCUGGCUGACGCUUGUGCUCAACUGUAUUGUCGCAGGUCUAGCUGUUUUUCUGAUGACUUUGACAGCGAUCCUACGAGGACACAUCAACUCUGGACUUUUGGGCGUCUCGAUGGUGAGCGUUGUCAACUUCGGACAAACGCUUUCAUUAUUUAUAUCGUACUGGACAAUGUUAGAGACAUCUCUUACUGCUAUUUCAAGGAUUGUGAAUUACGUUAUCGAGACGCCCAAGGAAAACUCAGCUUUGUUGACGGAAGAAUUGCCAUCAGACUGGCCCAACGAGCUAAGUAUUAAGAUCCAACACAUAUCAGCCUCUUACCAAAAUACCGGACGAGACGUGCUCAACGACAUUAACAUCUCAAUCUCACCUGGUCAGCAUGUUGCAAUUUGCGGACGCUCCGGAUCCGGAAAGUCCACGCUGAUAUCCGUUCUUCUGCGCCUUCUUGAACCAAACAAAGGGUCCGUCUUGAUCGGUGGCAAGGAUAUUUCGCUUUACACCCAACAAGCCAUUUGCAAGCGACUGACUUCAAUGCCCCAAGACGCCUGGUUUGCCCCGCAGAGCUGUGGUGACUCAGUGCGCGAGAAUCUGGAUCCGUUACAGGAGAUAAGUGACGAUGCAGAUAUUUAUAACGUUCUUGAUAAGACCGGCUUGCGUGAGCAGAUUGACAAGAUUGGGGGACUAGAUGCCAGGUUGAAACAGGGCGAUGGAGUGCUGUCUGAGGGCCAGAAGCAAUUAUUUUGUCUCGCUCGUGCAAUGCUUACUAGACGAGGAGGGAUGUUCAUUAUGGACGAGGCUAUGAGCAGGUUUUUCUCUCCCUCUUCUUUCGAAAGGAACUGGCUGAUAGAUGCAAAAGUGUCGACUAUAAGACUGAAUUGA